GCCUACGCCCUACGCCAUCAGCUGUUUCGCUUUUAUGUGUUGUUUCAUACGGUGAUAUCGUACGAGUGGUGUUUUCGUUUACUUUUACGUUUACAUACACUUUUAUAUAGGGGAACCUAUCUUAGUUUAAUGAAAAUGUUAUACAACGCGAAGGAAAUGUUAAUGAAGCAAAUCAAAAUUUAAAAAUAUUUCGAAUAAAUGUGCUUAACUUUUUGAGGUUAGAUUUUCGAGUGAUUAAAAAAAAGACAGUUUUAUAGGAACUAUUUAUUUCAUCGUUCAUAAUCAAUGAAGACGCAUUAGGAAUCCUUCUCCAGGACUUAAAAGAUGGCGGACUAUUGGAAGUCUCAAGGCCGUAAAUUUUGUGACUUCUGUAAGUGUUGGAUUGCUGACAAUAAACCUAGUAUCGAUUUUCACGAAGGCGGUAAGAAGCACAAGGAAAAUGUUAGCAAACGACUUAAGGAAAUCCACAAGAACAGUGCAAAGCAGGCGAAGCAGAACAAGAAAAUCGAAGGCGAUAUUAAGAAAAUGGAGAACGCAGCUAUGGCCGCAUACUUGAAGGAUGUAGAAAACAAUACGAGAGAUAUGACCGCGGACAGAAUCAUCAAAGAGAAGUUCAAUCGGUUAGAAACGAAAGACGUGCCGUUGAAUUUCAAUCGUGUAGCGACAGCCACUACGGAAACACAGUUUAAGUUUAAAGGUGAAAAUCAACAGUUUUCUCAGGAAGUCGAUCCAUGCGAUCCAACUCUUUCGAGACAUACAACGCAACAAUCGAAAUCUCAACAAAGGGGCGAUAAUAGGAACCAAGGGAAAAGCAGAAUAGGAAAGGGAAAAGGAAAAGGGAAAAGAAUCGUGGAAGACGAGCGUCCUGCGAAACCUGUUCAAAAACUUUGGUACGAAGCUCUCAGUCCCGAAGGGUACACAUAUUACUGGCACAUCGAAAGCAACGAAUCCGUUUGGGAUCCACCAGAGGAAGGAUACAUGACGUUCGCGGAACAAGAAGAAGAAGCAAAGGAACAAGCGCUUCAAGAGGAAUUAUUAAAGCAACUGGAGAAGGAAGAAGCGAUCGCAAAUGCGGACAUCCUCGAAGAGAAACGGGCCAAUGCCGAGAGGCAAAAGUUGAAGGAACUGAGAAAGGUACCCGGUACUCAAUCACAACUAGGAACAAAUGAAAAUACAGCAGAGAAAACGGAAAUCGGAACCGAAGAGGAAAGCCGACCGUAUAGGCGAGACUAUAGCAUUCCGCUAAAAUCGCAUCCAUAUGGACCUUGGCAAACUGUUCAAAAGAUCGAAACGAAACCGGUGGAUUUUCAGUUGCCACAGCAAAAGCAACUGCAAUUACAAUUACCCGUCUUCGAGAAAACAGAACCGACGUCGGUGCAAAGAACUUUCAGAGAAAAAGUUAUCACGCAAAUCGACGUAGCUGACAGUGACGAUGAUGGACAACCAACUAAAUUUAAGAAACGAAAAGUUGGUAAUAGAAAUGUACGACAGAGAUUAACCGAUGACUGAUAAUAAUCGUGCCAAUGAUUAACGUGUAUUUGCUCGAAUGUUACACGUUAUACUCAUUUUAAUCGCACGAACAUAUCAUUCUUAUGUUCUUUAGAAAUUACACCGUUCAUUUAGCAUAAAUUAUCCCAAGAACUCAAUGAUUCUAUUAUUUUCUUACGACUCGUAGAUUCUUACUAGAGAAAUACAAACAAGAUCCAAAUAAGAUCGUUAUAUUUUAAGCAUGUUUAAAAACAGAUAUCGCAUGUAUGAAAUGAUAAUAUACGAUGAAAUAUCUUUUUCA